AUGGCUCACACCUGCUUUACUGUAGAGGGACCUGAGACCCCAAGGGUCUCACCAGCUGUGCUGGUGGUGAUCUGGAGCUCCCCUGCGGAGGAGGAGGAGGAGGAGGAGGAGGAGGAGGAGCUAGCAGAGGGCAAAGGGGCGGGGCCGCCCACUCGCCUGCAGCAAGAGAGGAUGUACAAGGUACACCAGAGCCACGAAUCCAUGCACGUGGAGAUGAUGUUGAUUCUCUUUUCCACCCUGAUCAUUGCCCAGGUAGUGCUGGUGCAGUGGAGACAGAGGCAUGGCCGGUCCUACAAUCUGGUGACUCUGUUGCAGACGUGGACUGUCCCUGUGUAUUUCACAAUAAAACUUCAGUGGUGGUGGUUUCUGUCUAUGUAGGGAAUGUUCUCACUUAUCACCAGUUAUAUCCUCUUCAGAGCUACCCGAAGUCCCCUCUCAGAAAGAACGCCAAGCUUGGUCUACAAAUGGUUUCUUCUAAUCUACAAAGUCAGCUAUGCACUUGGUGUUGUGGGUUACUCGGUUAUCAUGUUUACAAUGUGUGGACUACAUUUAUUUUUCAAGAUCAAGCCUAGAGAGUCCAUGGAUUUUGACAUUGUGUCUUUGUUCUAUGGUCUCUACUAUGGCAUAACGGGGAGAGACUUUGCAGAGAUCUGUCCUGAUUACAUGGCUCUACUGUAGGGGUAAUUCUACAAUGUCGGCGGGAUGUACACAAGAAGUUUGUCAGGCAGUAUCUGUGCCGUCUGUGGGCAGAAGACCAUUGUGGAGCUCAAUGAACAAGGGCUUGUUGAAAACACAUACCAGCUUUCAUGCAGUCAUGUCUUUUGUGAAUUCUGCAUCCGAGGUUGGUGUAUUGUUGGUAAAAAGCAGACUUGCCCUUACUGCAAAGAGAAAGUCUAUUUGAAGAGGAUGAUCGGUAACCCCUGGGAGCGCACACACAUUUUGUAUGGACAAAUCCUGGACUGGCUUCGUUAUCUGGUAGCUUAGCAACCCAUGGUGAUGGGAAUAGUUCAAGGCAUUCACUCUUCACUAGGGCUGGAAUAG